CGCAUUGCGACUCGUCAAAUGCCCAGCUCUACCAUUUCGGUCCCUUAUCUGCUUUGUGGAGACCAUGAUGGAUUUCUGCGGAUGCAAGAUCGAUUUGGGAUGCAACCCUGCGGCAUGGCCAGGUAAGUGAAGGACGCCGGAGCUACUGCAGACUUGCUCAAGCUAUGUCAUAUACUAUAUAUGAGCUGUCUUCUGGAUGUCGAUCUCGGGGGUGGUUGUGGUUGUGUCUUCAUCACUCCUCCGGGUCCCCCAUACCUUCAGGUCCAAAGGCUCGAUUCAAGAAUGGCCUCGAUAAAGUCUGCCGCGUCCCUCGUGGCUCUGGUGAGCGCAGUGCAAGCUUCUCUCUAUGGUGAAAGUAAUCAGAACCACACUUGCAUCCUAGACCCCGCUGUCCUCUCCUGUUCUCCAGGAGCUACUCCUGACCAAGUCGACAGCUGUUGCACGGAGACUUUCGGGGGCCUUCUUCUCUCGACACAGUUUUGGAACACCUAUACUGGUCUCGAAGCUCAAGGCCAAAAGCUACCACCCAACUCUUUCACGCUUCAUGGACUUUGGCCAGAUGAGUGUGACGGUUCCUUUGGCCAGUAUUGCGACCUAGCGAGACAAUACGACCCAGCUCCUUCGCCCAAUACCACGAACGGUCUGCCCAACGGGACUGUGGUACCUCCUUAUACUGGUCCCAAUAUCGGAACGUUUCUUGAGCCGUUCGGCCGGUAUGACCUGUUGGACUGGAUGAACAAGUAUUGGAUCAACCAAGGCGGCCCAAAUCACGACUUCUGGGGCCACGAAUUCUCCAAACACGCCACCUGCUAUUCGACCUUUGAUCUACCUUGUUAUGGGCCUGAAUACGUCGAACACGAAGACGUGUUGGACUUCUUCCAGACGGCUAUCAAGUAUUACAAGAGAUUGCCGACGUGGGAGUGGCUAAACGAGGCCAAGAUCGUUCCCAGCAACAGCACGACCUAUACGUUGAGGGACAUCCAGGGCCAACUAGCGAAGAAAUACGGCGCGGUGCCAUAUGUCGGAUGUACCGGGCCAAGGUAUAAUACGACGGCAGAAGGAAUAGCGGCAAAUAGUACUGACAGUGGCCGCACCGUCAUCAGCGAAGUGUGGUAUUACAUGCAUGUCGUUGGACGUCCUCAAGACGGCAAUUCUAUCCCGGUCAAUGCCACGAGUCCAAACACCACCUGUGCGAAGGCCAAGGGUGCCAUACACUACUAUGAGCCGACGCCGGGCUCCGUGCAGGGAAGCUAGAUUUGCUGGCUCAUGUACGUGCCGCGGUCCAGGGAUAUCUGCCAUGAGAUUGUGCAAAGUGGGAAACAGACAAGGGGUUUGUACAUAGCAAGGCAUCAAAAGGGGGUAGCAAACCGACCAAGAGUCCGUUACCUGGAGAAGUCGCACGGACUAAACCCCCAUGAGAGCUAAUUGAUAAUUGAUAAUGGCACGUGUCUCGUGGGUCUGGCCAAGGUUAACAAAUACCGAAUGAAGUGCUGUUUUGAGCAACUGGAGUGAGAGAAGGAUGAAGUCCACAGGCAGACGGCAUGUGACGAAUGCCUGAGGCUCAACCGUAAAUACUUCCACAGUCCCGACCUAGAAAUUGAAGUAUGACUAGAUCC